CUCUCAAGUUACGCACACGAAGUUACGCGCAACAGCGACUUGAUGCCACAUUUUCGUUGAAGUAGGAAAAAAGGAUAUUGUGAGAAGAGUCUCGGUUUCUCUUGGAGAUCAGAGGAAACACUUGUCGGGACGGACGCAAGGACCAAACGGCAACACUGGCGGCAGUGAGGUACAGAAACGGGUUUUUUGGAAUUUCUUUAAAAAUCAGGUAUACAUUAUGAGGUGCAGCCAUGUCAGGCAAGGGUAAGACUGCUGCGAGGACGCUGGAGGAUUUAACGUUAGAUUCCGGUUAUGGUGGAGCGGCGGACUCCUUCAGGUCGUCCAGCGUGUCUCUGUGCUGCUCGGACACGCAUCUCUCGUACGCGCAUGGGGGUAACUGCUGGCAUCUAACCGAAUCCAUGCACAGCAGACAUAACAGUUUGGACACAGUAAACACAGUCCUGGCGGAAGACACAGAAAUCCUGGAGUGCUCUGGUCAGUGCGCGAAAUUGACCGAGCUGGAGGACGUGCCAUGGAACCUCGGAGAUGUGGAGAGCGCGCUCAGAAAAGAGGAAGAACUGCGAGUAGGGUGCCCGCCGAGGGAGAUCCUGGCCAAGCUUUCUGCUCUGGUGAGCCGCGCGCUGGUGAGAAUUGCCCGGGAGGCGCAACGUCUGAGCUUACGCUACGCUAAAUGCACCAAGCAUGAAAUUCAGAGCGCAAUUAAGGUGGUCCUUUCAUGGACCAUUUCUGUCAAUUGUAUUACUGCAGCGCUUAGUGCCCUGUCGCUGUACAACAUGAGCACCGGGGACAAGUUCAGCCGGGGCAAGUCGGCACGCUGCGGACUGGUCUUUUCGGUCGGGAAGUUCUUCAAGUGGAUGGUCGACAGCCGGGUGGCCUUGCGAGUCCACGAGCAUGCAGCUAUAUAUCUUACUGCGUGCAUGGAGAGUCUCUUCAGAGAAGUCUUCAGCCGUGUUCAACGUAGCGCACUGAUCGAGAAGGACAACGGAAUCCCUAAGUUUACCUUGGAGACUUUGGAGCAGGCUAUCAACAACGACUCGGAAUUAUGGGGUCUCCUGCAGCCUUACCAGCAUCUCAUUUGUGGGAAGAAUGUGAGCGGGGCGCUGAGCCUGCCGGACAGCCUGAACCUGCACCGGGACCAGCAGCAGCGCGCGGGCAAGGGUGGCGAGGCGGGCACGGGCACGGGCGCCUACAGCCAGGCAGAGCUGCGCACCAUCGAGCAGUCGCUACUGGCCACGCGCGUGGGGAGCAUCGCCGAGCUCAGUGACCUAGUGUCGCGUGCUAUGCACUACCUCCAGCCGCUGCACAUCAAGAACCCCAGUAACGGCACCCCGGUGCACCAGAGUCGUGCUGCAGGACCCGCCACCGCUGCUGGGUCCGUCCACUGGGAGCCCGAGGCCCUGUACACACUCUGCUACUUCAUGCACUGCCCCCAGAUGGAGUGGGAGAACCCCAACGUGGAGCCCUCCAAGGUCACGCUGCACACGGAGAGGCCGUUCCUGGUACUGCCGCCGCUGAUGGAGUGGAUCCGGGUGGCGGUGGGCCACACUGAGCACCGCAGGAGUUUCUCGGUGGACAGUGACGACGUGCGGCAAGCAGCCCGACUCCUGCUGCCCGGAGUGGACUGUGAACCCCGGCAACUGAAAGCGGACGACUGUUUCUGCACCACCAGGAAGCUGGACGCUGCGUCCACGGAGGCCAAGUUCCUCCAGGAUCUGGGCUUCCGCAUGCUCAACUGCGGCAGGACGGACCUGGUCAAGCAGGCAGUCAACCUGCUCGGGCCGGACGGUAUCAACAGUAUGAGUGAGCAGGGAAUGACCCCGCUCAUGUAUGCGUGUGUGCGCGGGGACGAGGCCAUGGUGCAAAUGUUGCUGGACGCCGGAGCCGACAUCAACAGCCAGGUGCCCAGCACAGUACACAAGCACCCCUCAGUUUACCCCGAAACCAGGCAGGGGACUCCACUCACAUUCGCUGUGUUACACGGACACGCCCCUGUCGUGCAGCUGCUGCUGGACGCGCGGGCUAGUGUGGAGGGGGCUCUGCAGGACGGCACGGAGAACUACGCCGAGACCCCGCUACAGCUGGCCUCGGCCGCAGGGAACUUUGAGCUGGUGAGCCUGCUGCUGGAGAGAGGAGCGGACCCGUUCAUCGGCACCAUGUACCGCAACGGAAUCACCUCCACCCCCCUGGGGGACAUGAACUCCUACAGUCUAGCAGCAGCACAUGGACACAGGAAUGUAUUCAGGAAGCUUCUGUCGCAGGCGGACAAGGACAAAGGCGACGUGCUGUCCCUGGAGGAGAUCUUGGCGGAGGGCUCGGAGGCCGGCCAGAGCCAGAGCCAGGUCCAGGGGCAGAGCCAGAGCCAGGUGCAGGGGCAGGGGCAGGUCCAGGGGCAGGUCCAGAAGCGGCCGCCGCAGCCGGAGAGCACGGGCUCCUUACGCAUCGGGAAGGCCAAGAUGCGCGCGCUGCGGGAGGCCAUGUACCACAGCGCCGAGCACAGCCACGUGGACAUCACCAUCGACAUCCGCAGCCUGGGUGUGCCGUGGACGCUGCACACCUGGCUGGAGACGCUGCGCACCUGCUUCCAGCAGCACCGGCGGCCGCUGAUCCAGGGCCUGCUCAAGGACUUCAGCUGCAUCCAGGAGGACGAGUACACGGAGGAGCUCAUCACCCACGGCCUGCCGCUCAUGUUCGAGAUCCUCCGCGCCAGCAAGCAGAAUGAGGUGAUCAGCCAGCAGCUGUCGGUGAUCUUCACUCAGUGCUACGGGCCCUUCCCCAUCCCCAAACUCACCGAGAUCAAGAGGAAACAGACGUCACGCCUCGAUCCUCAUUUUCUCAACAACAAAGAGAUGUCAGAUGUGACUUUCCUGGUGGAGGGGAAGCCAUUUUAUGCCCACAAAGUGCUACUCUUCACUGCUUCAACCAGAUUUAAGUCUCUGCUUGCCAACCGGCCUGCCUCAGAGAACACCUGCAUUGAAAUUAGUCAUGUCAAGUACAAUAUUUUUCAGUUGGUGAUGCAGUACCUGUACUGUGGAGGAACUGAAUCUCUGCACAUCAGGAACACGGAGAUCAUGGAGCUCCUGUCUGCAGCCAAGUUCUUCCAACUCGAGGCCCUCCAACGUCACUGUGAGAUCAUCUGUUCCAAGAACAUCACCAUAGAGACAUGUGUGGACAUAUACAAACAUGCCAAGUUCCUGGGUGCGAGCGAGCUAGCAGCGUUCAUCGAGGGCUACUUCCUGAAGAACAUGGUGCUCCUGAUCGAGCUGGAGGGCUUCAAGCAGCUGCUGUACGAGGUGGCGGCCGACAGCCCGACCUCCGGCCCCGCGUACGACGUGCUCCACGAGCUGGAGAAGACCCUCGCCGCGCGCAUCCACUCCAUCCACCUCUCCUCCUCCAAGGGCUCGGUGGUGUGAGGCUCUCCAUCGCCCCCACAUGGUAGCAGCGGUAAAAACGCCUUCACUGAAUGACCCACUUUGCAAAACCACUCCAAGUCCCCCGAGGAGCCCCCCCCUGCCGAAAGGGCUGUGUGACAUAACAUUCCAGCAACAUCCCCACAACGCUGUGGUGACGUAUAUCUGUUCCGCGUAUAAGCCCUACAUGGAAGCAGAGAAAGUCGCCAGAGAGAAAGAGAGAGAAAGGGAGCGAGAACUCAUGUCUCGGCCAACUCUUCUCUCCAAAAGCACUGUUGUAGGGCUAUGUAUGAGUUACACUUAGUUUUAUAUCAUUAGCAGUUUACGCAUUGUGGAGUUUCACAUGUUCUGAAUAUUACAUGUAGCUUUGGUCCCAAUGAUUCGAGAUUAUAGUGGACUAAUUCUAGAUGAAAUAUGAUUCUUUAUUGCAGUUUUCAAUCUUGUUACUAGUUACUUGCAGCAUGACAGGCAAGGUAUCUACAACAAAAUGAAAAUAAAACAUGGUCACUGGAUCUACAUGAACUUAAGUCAUCCUAAAACCAGUUUUGUCAAAGUCAAGGUAUUAAAAGAAGAUAUUAGUAUUUCGUGUCUAUUUAUACCACCCACAGAAGACAUGACAGUGGCAGAUAGAUGUUUCGUUUUUAUACCCAAAUUAUCCACAAACUUAUAUGAUUUCUUCGUGGUUCACAAGCUUGUCAUGCAGUACGUAUCAUUCAUUUAAGUUUUUGCUAAGUGUUAACUGGAUUCAGACACCUGUGUUUGUUAGUUCCUUCAUUCUUUAAUGUUAGCCUAGUUGGAAAUGGGUCAAUGAUGUCAAUAACUUGCAUGGGAAACACAAUACUGCAUUGACUUCUGCAGUGCAUUAGUGCUAUCAAGUAAAAUGCAAUUUUUUCUUUUCUCUGUCAUUACACAAACACUGUCUGUACACUGAAAACUGUGACCCUGGAUUUCAGCUCUGUGUGCUGGCGGAGCUCAGCACUCUGAGACAGGACAUGGAGCUGUGGGCGAGACCUUGUGUAGCCGUGCACCCAGCAGCCCAUUUGCAAGCGCUUGGACAUUUCCCCUCCCCUCUAGCCUGCUGCUUCCAGUGGAUAUGGUGCCAGCCAAUAAAACUUUUCAAUGUUGUUACGAUCGUGCGGUUCUGUCCCUGCAGCUGCAUGUCAGGCUCCUAUUAUUAUUUCUUUUAUAUUUUAUUUUUAAAAAAAACAUUGUUUUGUCUCUUUGUGUGUGUUUAGCUUAGUCUCAGUCUCCUGUUAAAGAGUAGUUCACUCCAGAAGGAAUGUUUUGUCCCUCACCCAUUUUAUUUCAAUGUCAGUAGCAAUGAACGGGAAAGGUAACGGUGAUUUUCAAAGGCUAGAAAGGACAAAAGACCAACCAUUAAAAUACACUUCACAACACUCUAUGGUUUUUUUUUUACCAGCACAAGGGGGAAUUGAUAAGAGACUUUUCAUUUUGAGGUGAACUAUCCCUUUACAUGAACUAUCCCCCCCCCCCCCCCCCCAAUCUGUUGUUAUCUGCUUCUAUCCUCAUCAACCAAACGGUGCACUGUCUUAGUGGAUUUCCAUGUAGAUACCUGUACAAUAACACUGUUGAUUCUUCAUAGAACAUUAUUGCUUGUUGUCUCAUCCAGUGCAAUCCUAAAUGUAACAAAUUUAAAUAUUAUGUUUCUGUGAAAACUCAUUUGAAAUGACAUCAGAGAUUUAUUUAGUUCAUAUAUUACAUUGAACUAUAAAGAAUAGAAUAAGUUUGUGGAGUGCUAUUCCAUUGGACAGGCCUGUAUGUUACAGUUGUUUAAUGUGCAAUUGUGGCAGGCAAACCACAACCAGUAGUUCACACAACAUCCUUAAGAUGUACUCAUGAUAGAAAACUGUGAAACUAUUUUAUUUUUUAGCAUUAACAAUAUGAAUUUAUUUUCUUACAAUAUUCAUCUUUAUUUUUAAUGCCUCAAAGAUACACAGAGUAGAGAAAAGUAUAUAUGUAUGGUGCAGAAACAUCCUCCUUUAUUGAGAGGCCAUGGACAAGGACCCAGGGAUAUGUGGAAGAUACGGCAGGGUGCAAAGAGAUGUCUAUUUGAGUCGAGCCUAUGUAAGGAUUAGAGUAUAGUGAAUAGUGAUAGAAGUUAAAGGGUAAUGCAAGUGAUACAUUGUCAUGGAUUGACGUCAAAUAGAAUGCCUUCAUUCAAGGGUCUGCUUCUCUUUUCUUUCUCAUUUGUUUCCAUAUGUACAUUCAGUGCUACAGUAUGUACAACCAUACAAUGACUGUGUCGCUGAUCGAGUUCAGUUUUGUCACGCCUGGAAAGAAACUUGCUAAGUCCUGCUACUGAAGAGAGCAGCCUGAUCUCAAAACGUAUUUAGUACAUAUGUGUACGAAAACACAGUACACGUUAAUUCGUAAAGCCGUUUACUAAAGUAGCCGAGCGGUCGGUUUUGAGGGGGAUCGGUUUUUGUAAUUUCCCAGCCCAGUGACGGGUGAUAUUAUCUUAACUUGGUAAUUUCAGUGAGGCAUUUAAAUGAUUCAAAGGCUAUUUUCAAACAACAUUUAGGCUACAAACCAUCAGAACGGAACACAAUUUAGUUGAGCAGCCUGAUCUCACCAAAAAAGGAGUAAAAUGACACGCCGGUUUCUUAAAUUGGCGUGUUAUUUGACGCAUUUCAUGCUUUUGGCGUAC